CUUUGUUAAGGACACCAUCACUUCUGGUUACAUAGACAUUGAGUUCUUCAUUCGGAGUUGGUGAUUAGUGAUGGAGAUAAGCAUAUCAUUGCUAAGCUUAGUCCUCUUCUGCAUUUUUAUGCUUUCAGUCUUCUUCUUGCUGUAUUGGGCAUCCCCAAAACCAAUGGAUGACAUCCCAGGCAGCCUUGGUUGGCCUGUAAUCGGUGAAAGCAUUGCAUUCAUCUACGAGUUUUCUAGCCCAUCCGGGAUUUUCAGCUUCAUGAAUAAAAGACAGCAGAGGUAUGGAAAGGUGUUCAAGUCCUUUGUGUUGGGAAGAUUCACUGUUUUCUUGACUGGGAGAGAAGCAAGCAAGAUCUUGUUAACAGGAAAAGAUGGUAUGGUGAGCUUGAAUUUGUUCUAUACAGGACAGCAAGUACUUGGUCCAACCAGUUUGCUCCAGACCAGUGGAGAAGCACACAAGAGACUCCGACGACUGAUCGGGGAACCACUAUCAGUUGAUGGCCUCAAAAAGUAUUUUCAGUUCAUCAACACUCUUGCAAUUGAGACAUUAGAUCGCUGGUCUGGACGAAAUGUCAAUGUUCUUGAAGAAGUCUCUACAUUCACUCUUCAAGUCAUAGGAAAUAUGAUAAUGAGCUUAGAGCCUUCUGGGAGGGAGCAGGAAGAGUUCAGGGCGAAUUUCAAACUCAUUUCAUCCUCUUUUGCAUCCUUGCCCUUCAAAGUUCCCGGAACAGCCUUUUAUCGUGGUAUUAAGGCUCGGGAUAGGAUGUAUGCCAUGUUAGAUGUUGUAAUAUCUAGGAGAAGACAAGGAGAAGUCAGACAAGAUUUCUUGGAAUCACUGAUAAUGAAACAAGCUAAAACAGCAGGCGGAGAAGAGAACGAUGACAAACUCACCGAUGCACAGUUGAAGGACAACAUACUGACAUUGCUAGUUGCAGGUCAUGACACCACAACUGCUGCUCUCACUUGGCUCAUCAAAUUCCUCGAAGAGAAUCCGCCUGUUCUGGAGCAACUCAGAGAUGAGCAUAGACAAAUUCAAGUGCAAAGAACAGAGGGAACAUCUCUCACUUGGUCUGAAGUUAAUAACAUGCCUUAUACAGCUAAGGUAAUAAGUGAGACUCUCCGAAGAGCCACGAUACUACCAUGGUACUCAAGAAAAGCAGCACAAGACUUUGAGAUCAAUGGAUACAAAAUCAACAAAGGCUGGUCCGUCAACUUAGAUGUUGUCUCCAUUCACCAUGAUCCAGAAGUCUUCACUAAUCCAUAUAAGUUCGAUCCUACAAGAUUUGAUACACCUUUAAGGCCUUUCAGCUUUCUUGGAUUUGGUAGCGGGCCACGAAUGUGCCCUGGAAUGAACCUAGCGAAACUGGAAAUCUGCAUAUUCAUUCAUCACCUUGUUUGCAGAUAUAGGUGGAAACCUCUGGAGAAGGAUGAUUCUGUACAGCCAACGCUCGUCAGGAUGCCAAAAAACAAGUAUCCAGUUGCAGUCGAACCACUCUGAGAGAACUUGCUAAUCAUACAAAUAUCUGAGAAAGGAAGGAAAUAUCAAAGCGUUCACAGAAACACAAAUAAAAGAGAUAACAGAUGCUAUGCCACAGAAACUAAGUUUUACACAGCGUGAAUAAUGUAGACAUGUAGUUAUGCAGUUCUGAGUUACUAUUUCUUCCACACAUGAUGCGCCGCCAAGUAUUUUGUAAUAGUAUGUUAACUAGGGAACUUCAAUCCUUCAAUUUCAAUAGCAUCCUGCAUCGCAGUACUAAGCUAGCAUAUAACAUUUGCUUAUGUUUCGCUAUAUUAUGAAGGUAUCAUACCGAAAAUAAACAAAAAA